GCAGCUACAGGUGAGCUGCUCUCCGUCUUAGAGCGGGAAAGUAGAACUUUGUUCGUCGUUUGAGUUGUCCGUGAGGCCCGUGCACUGGUUUGUAAGCAUCGCGAAGGUGACCGACAGCAGUCCGUAGAUCACUGGUCAGUUUCGACGGCAUGAUGCAGACCUAUCGGGGAGUCGUCCUGCUGCUUUUGGGAGUCUUGGCUGUACAGCUGAUGUCCCACCAGGCAGCCGCUGAAGCACCUCCAGAUUCCGACACGAACUUCACACCAGACGAAGCAGCUGCGGCCAGAUCCGGCGGAGAAUCCGAGGCAGAGGACCCGGACAGCACAGUCGACACUGCCGAGGGUGCCAAACCAGCAACCUUUGAGAAGGGCGAUUUAGAUUCUCUACAGCUCGGCAAGCCUGUAGACGGCAAUGCUGUGUCGGCUGGAAACAGAGCUGCCCCGGCCGGACACAAGCUGAUCCUGGUGGCCGAUGCAACGGACAGGACCAUCAGUCGGCUAACAACAGACGAUGAUAACCAAUUUCAGUGGGCUCGUUAUGACAUCGGGAAUGGUACCAACAGACCAAUAGCUGUGGAUUAUGAUCGUGCGGAGGACUUUAUCUACUGGACCAGUGUUAACGGACCCUAUAGUAGGGUAUCCCGAUUUCCCUACGAGAGCGGAUCGGGACUGAGACUUGAUGGACAGCAGGCUUCAGUUCCUGAGGGCAUUUCAGUGGACGUCAUUUCCAGGAACCUGUACUGGACAGACACCGGUACAGACCGCAUCAUCGUCUCCCGCUUGGACGGCAGCUUCAGGAAGUCCCUCAUCACCCAGGGGCUGGACGAGCCCAGGGCGAUCGUAGUGGACCCCAACUCGGGUUGGAUGUACUGGACCGACUGGGGAAACCCGUCUAAGAUUGAGCGUGCGCGAAUGGACGGUACUCAGAGGUCUGUUAUUGUCAACAUCGGACAGGGCCACUGGCCAAACGGUCUCGCCUUGGACGCAGCAGCGAACCGGCUGUACUGGUGUAACGGUGCUACUGGCGCGAUCUGGACCUCUGGAGUGACUGGCAGCAACCCAAGCCCCACACAAUUGUUUACGCAGUCAGCUGGUGACGUAAAUGCACACCUGUUCGGGAUCGCUGUGGACGAGACACAUCUCUACUGGACAGCGUGGAACAUACCGGGCGUUCACAGGAUAAGCAAGUCUCUGACUGGAUACGUCAGGCUCAACCUGCCUCACUUCCAAAAGCUGUAUGACAUCCACGUCAGGACAGACUCAAACACUCCGAAUCAACCAAACGCCUGCUCUGUGUCUAACGGGAACUGUGCCCAGCUGUGUCUCCCCGUCCCCGGCGGAGGGCGGACCUGCGCCUGUCAGGAUGGGUGGAGCCUGGGGUCGGAUGGACGGUCUUGUCAGGCUGAUGCCUGCCACCCCAAUCCCUGCCUAAACGGUGGAGCGUGUGAUGGAGUAAGCAGGCGGACAUCGCUCUCAUGCAGCAACAAUGUCUGCGUCAGCGGAUUUACACACACGUAUACAUGCGACUGUCCAGCCGGCUUUAGUGGCGAUGAAUGUGGGACCAAUGACGACGUCUGUUUCUCCAGUCCAUGUCAAAAUGGCGGCCAGUGUCAAGACGGGGUCAACUCCUACACGUGUGAUUGUCCUGAUGGCUUCAGUGGAGUCAACUGCCAGAUCAAUAUCAACGAGUGCGCAUCGGGUCCAUGUCAAAAUGGCGGCCAAUGUCAAGACGGGGACAACUCUUACACCUGCGAUUGUCCGGAUGGCUUCAGUGGAGUCAACUGCCAGAUCAAUAUCAACGAGUGUGCAUCGGGUCCAUGUCAAAAUGGCGGCCAAUGUCAAGACGGGGACAACUCUUACACCUGCGAUUGUCCGGAUGGCUUCAGUGGAGUCAACUGCCAGAUCAAUAUCAACGAGUGCGCAUCGGGUCCAUGUCAAAAUGGUGGCCAAUGUCAAGACGGGGACAACUCUUACACCUGUGAUUGUCCUGAUGGUUUCCUGGGUGAACGCUGUGAAAUUUCUGCAACAGAACCUCCACAGACGACUCCUCAGGGGACAAGUAGUGUGUGUGAAUCUGGAUGGUUCCACCAUGAGGGGAAGUGCUACUGUCUCCUUGACGACCAGUCCACCUACAGCGAAGCUGCCCGGAGCUGCGCUGAGUUGGACGUGUACGGGCAGCUGGCCGUGGUGAAGCGGCCGAGCACGCACCGCUUCCUGAUGGAUUAUGUUGAACGUUUCGGUGGGGGUUCUCCGUGGAUAGGAAUCGACGAUGGUACUACAGAGGGUGUAUGGAAGUACGUUGACGGUGACCUUGUCAGCGAUCCUUUCAACGAGUGGGCAGAUGGAACUUGGAACAGCAGGAAGAAAGACUGUGUGCGCAUGAGCGAAACCUUCGGGUACCAUUGGCAGCCAAUGCCGUGCGGCACGCGGCUGUCGUACAUUUGCGAGUAUCCUCUCCUGCCGCCCACUGAUGUUCCAACCCCAACCACACCAGAUGUUGAACGUUGUGAGCCGGAGACCUGUAACCAGGGAGGGAUCUGUAUAGACGGACCGUCGUCCUACACCUGUUAUUGUCUGCCGGGGUUUCUGGGAGACCACUGUGAGACAGAAACUGACGAGUGUGACCCCAAUCCCUGUCAAAACGGCGGCGUGUGUACAGACGGGCAGCUGUCCUACACCUGCAGGUGUCCGAGUGGGUUCGGAGGUGUCAACUGUCAACUGACUUGCCCUGUCGGAUUUACGCUGUUCAAGGACCAGUGCUACUGGUUCUCUCCAGCUUCCCUGCGGAAAACCGUGGCAGCUGCAGAAACAGACUGUGAUGCCCGAGACGCCCGUCUGGCUUGUGUGAAGGACGAAGACACGCACAACUUCCUCAAAAUGACUAUCGCUACAACAAACCGCAGGCCUUACUGGAUCGGGUUGAGUGACAGGGUAGUGGAGGGUACAUGGCGCCACAGUGACGGGACAGAGCUGGGCAGUUUCCGGCCUUUCCGUCCGUCCAGGAACACCAACAAUGUGUGGAGGGACUGCGUUCUGAUGUGGCCCGCCUCUUCCUACCAGUGGCUGUACUAUAGCUGUAAUUCUCGCAGGAACUUCGUCUGCCAGAGGGCUGCAAGUCCGUGAGCUGACGAUGGCCUGACCAACAGUCGAAAAAGACUCACAAGAUACAAAAAUGGAUUUUUUAACUUCAUAAUUGAGAUAGACAGAACAGAUGAUGUCUAGACGAAUAUCACGGAUAGGGAAGCUCAUGUGUUUAUCUACAUGAAAGAAACAGGAUAUACAAUGUUGUAAACCUGACUUCGUACUGAAUCGUAGCAUUAAGAGUUUACACAACAUAUAAUCAUAUUGGGUGACAGGAAACAAAAAGUUUGGUGAACUUGUCUCUGCUAUUUUUGGUUAGUAAGACGUUAUUCCAUCAAUGGGGGUAACGUGCAGUGUUAUGAAGUCAUCUUAAGUGUCAAGCAGAAGCUCUGAAGAAAAAAAAAACUUGUAGGUGAUGACAAGUAAAUGUUUUUUUUAGGUUAGAACACAAUUUCAACCAGCUAUUUGUACAUUGCUAUCUUCAUUUUAUUGAUAUUGAUAGUGUUAAAAGUAUGAUUUUGGGAUAGUUUUAUCUUUAGUGGUAUUCAUGACGAGAGAGAGAUUCAUCAUGAUCAUAUCAUUCUUGGCAUUUAGAUCACAACAUGAAUGAAGAGUUUCAAUAGUUUCAAUAUUUCAAAUGCGACAACUGCGGAACAUUCGCCCAUGAUAUUGCUAGAUAUUCUAUGGCAAAAAAAGAAAGGGCAGGGCGUCAUUAUUGUCUAGAUAGAAGACAGGUGAUACAUUUUGUCAAAAAGUGUUACUUGCAACUGUUUUGUCGGUUUUCUCUUUUCAUACAAUGUACUUCUUUAUGUGAAUGUAUUUAAAAUACAUUCUAUAAAUUUGAUUCUUACUGUUUGUUGAUAUUUUGGUGGCAAUUCGGAAUGAAAUAUACUUGCUGAAGGGA